CCCCGCCCCCUCUCGUCCAGUCGGGGCACGGCGGGCCGCCCGGCGCGCGCAGCAGGCAUGACGGCGCGCGGGACCCCGAGCCGCUUCCUGACCAGCGUGCUGCACAACGGGCUGGGCCGCUACGUGCAGCAGCUGCAGCGCCUGAGCUUCAGCCUCAGCCGCGACGCGCCCUCGUCCCGCGGCGCCCGGGAGUUCGUGGAACGGGAGGUGGCCGACUUCGCCCGACAGAACCCGGGGGUCGUCAUCUACGUGAACGCGCGGCCGUGUCAUGUGCCCAGAGUCGUGGCCGAAUACCUGAACGGGGCUGUGCGCGAGGAGAGCCUCAACGCCAAGUCGGUGGAGGAGAUCACGGCGCUGGUGAAGAAGCUAGCGAGCCAGUCGGGCUUGGACAUAAUCCGCAUCCGCAAACCCUUCCACACGGACAGCCCCAGCAUCCAGGGCCAGUGGCACCCGUUCACCAACAAGCCCACGACGCAGGGCGGGCUGCGCCCCGGAGAGGCCCAGGAUCCUGCCCCGGCCCAGGUGCAAGCGCAGUGAAGAGUUGCCUGGGUCUCAGUGAAGGUGGUUGGUUCCUCCUCGUUUGGUUCAGGGGGUUACAGCCCAGACAGACAGAUAGAGCCCACGAAAGAGAAAGUUGAUGCCAAAACUUCUGCUUGGGACCAAGAGCUACCUGUUUCUUUUUGGUGCCCACUGAGGGGCAGUGACUUUGUGUCUCAAUUAUCCAGUUCACAUUUCAGAAACCUGGGAGUCUUCUAGGCUCCUCCUGGACCCUCCUUUUGGAAAUCCAAAUUGAUAAUCAUGAUCUCAAGUCACAGUGAGGGAUGUCAAGGCUGGCUUCUGAAGACUCUCUGAUGUCCUAUUUCUGCAUCCACUGAGCUAGAGAGAGCUAGCACCUUCUCUGCUGUGAACCUGGCUCUGGGCUAGGCUGUAUGUAUGACUGUGUAUCCAUUACAAACCUGAGAUUAAUAAACCUGCCCACAGUCA